GAUAGAUCUACACAUUUGAGUUUGCCGGAAAAAAUUCUUGAAACAAGGUGUUAGGGCUUGGAAAAUCUCAAAGGAGACUCUGCGACGUUAUCCUAGACAUUCCUAUGAAGUUGCUGAUCACUCUACGAAUCAUUGCUGUCAACUGUCUUGUCAGUCUAGACACGGAGGUUUCAAUCGACACAGGUCGUACUUGGCCACAGUUGUUGCGGGUUCCAUCAAAUACUCCGGUUUUGCGCGACUCACCAAAUACUCAGCUUGGUAAUGAUCAUAAUGACCACUUACCAGUAGACUUGGUAACAAGAACUGAGCGGAGGAAGCAAAUUAUCGAAAGAUCUUGGCAGUUCCAUCGAAAGCAAAAACUUCAUUCCGGCCAGAUAGUUCGACGUGCUUCGUCUUACGCUGCUCCAUUGAUUGAACAGGAUGGAGUUUUAUUAUUCAAAGAGUACGAUGACGACGAUCGUUGGCAACCAUUUCGAGUCAGCAUGGUCAGCGGAGAUGUGCGCGCAACUCGAGACGCUGCGUAUCCGGGUAUGGACGUAGAGAACGGAAUUGUUGAAGAUGACCAAUAUAUUCUGGUCCGAUCGCUUCAACGCACCACCAUGUCUACACCCAUAGUACCGUUUACCGAAAUUGCUGAAGUUGAGAGCGAUAUCUACGGAAGGAAGCGGAGAAGGUCAAGCCGCGUGUUUAACUAAUCUACGUUCUUCUUUGAAGUAGUGUGAUUAGUAACUUAUUCUUCUCUCACCGCUCAUGUCAUAA